AUAUAAGGGCUCUUGUGCCAGAGCAGCGGCAGCGGCAGCAGAUAAGGCAGCCCCGGAGACCUGUUUGCAAAUGUCAAGGUGUCCCAGAUGCAAGGAGGAUGAAGACCUUGACAGUGGUGAAGACAUGGUGCCUGGUCGCCAUCUUCUGCAGGUCCUUGGUUCCGUCGCAAAGUCUUGGGCUGGGCGGUCUUCUUGGCUCAAGCUCAGCAAAGACUGAAAAAGGCAGUGAUUCUGGCAAAGGUGGUCUACUCGGUGGUCUUGGAGGCGGCCUGCUCGGUGCUGUCGGAGGAGGAGCAGUAGAUGGAGUACUUGGAGCUGUUGGUGGUGGAGGUGACAGCAAAGGCGACGGUGGCUUGCUUGGAGCUCUUGGUGGUGGUGGAGGAGAAGGUGGAGGUGGUCUCCUUGGUGCUGUUGGAGGUGGCGAUGGAGGUGGUCUCCUUGGUGCUGUUGGAGGUGGCGAUGGAGGUGGCCUGCUCGGCGCUGUUGCUGGAGGAGAUGGCCUGCUCGGUGGUGGAGGAGGCCUUCUUGGCAACACCACCGGAGGUCUACUUGGCAGUGGUGGUGAAUCUGGAGGUGGCGGCCUGCUCGGUGGUGCUCUGGGUGGCGAUCUCCUCGGCAAAAAUGGCCUCCUGGGUGGUGAUCUUCUUGGUGGAGAGAACGGCCUUCUUGGUGGAAACCUACUUGGUCUGGGAGGUCUCCUCGGCGGUGGAGGAUCCAAGGAGCCGUUCCAAUGGUUUAAUGCUGUGAACCUUGAGGUUAUUGGAGGGUCCUGGAAGGUCAUCCGUGGAAAUGAGCUACAGCUCAACCUACAUGCAACCAUUACUACUAAUUUGCCAGGGGUGCUCAGUUUUCUCAGCGGAACUUCCGUGGUGAUGGACAUCAGCCCUCACCUGGCCUUAACCCAAGACAAACCGGGAGAUCUCAAGCUGGUCCUUAAGAACUGCCAGGAUAUGGUCGCUGGCUUCAGCAUCAAGCUGCCAAGCAGCUUGCUUGCAAACCUGUUGAGUGGCGUCAUCAAUUCUGGCCUCCGUACCCUCCUGCCUUCAGUGAUGUGCCCAGUCUUCCAACUCUGGUUCAAUGUUGUCAACAUGCAACUCCAAGCUCUCAACAAAUACGCCUCCUUCGGCCUCCUUGGGAAACUCCAGACAGCUCUCUCCAGCGUGCCGAUUUCAACAGGACAGUUUUCUGAAAUGGACCUGAAGGACAAGCCUUUUCCAGGAGCCUUCCUCAACUGGCUACUCGACUUUGCCCGUUCUUUUGGUGGACACAAGACUCGCUGACGGGCUUCUGCAAGCAUCCGGAUGAAGCUUGCCAGCAGCUCCUUUGGCUUCUUGGCUCAUGACCUGCCUCACAGACCUUUCAUUGUCUUCGCAAGGUGCCUCAGGACAAAAUCCAGUUUGUGAACAGCACCCUCCUUGGCAGAUGGAACUGAACUGAGGGAUGAAUCCUUAACUCAUCUCUCCUCAUCUUCUCCAUGGUGCUGAUGGAUGAUGUUCCUCAACUUCUCUAUAGCAGCCCCCAAAAUGCCAGGAGACCAUAUUCUCCCUUGAACUUGCAUAUACCUUAGCCAGCCUUCCUCAACCUGGUGCUCUCAAGAUAUUUAGGAUAUUUACAACUUUCAGUCCCAGCCAGUGCAGGUGCGCUGCGAAUUGUAGCCAAGGAGAUCCUUAGCUCAGCACCUGCCUUGCAAGCAGAAGGUUCCAGGGUCUACCCCAGACAGCAGCUCUAGGCAGGCUUGGAAGAGACUUCUUCCUGAAAUCCUGGAAAGCUACUGAGCUAGAUGGUUGGUGGUCUGAGUCUGCAUAAAGUUUCCUGUAUAGUCCAAAACAUAUUGAGGGCACCAGGUGGAGAAAGACUUGGCUAGACCAGAGCGAUUUGGUCAAACACCCAGAGUGAGAGGUACAGGUCCAAUCCAAACCCCUAAGAUUUGGCUACAGGUCCCAAUUUGUCCA